GGCGCGGGUGGAUGGCGCGGCCGCCAUGGCGCUGCUGGGCCGCCUGGGGUCCCUGCUGCAGCGGGCGGUGGAGGCGGAGGAGCCGCGCCUCGACCUCCCGGCCGCCUUCACGGAGCACUGGAAGGGCGUCACCCACUAUUACCUGGAGGCCUCCGACGAGAGCAAGCCGGCCCAGCAGACGGACAUCCCGUGGCGCUUGAAGCAGAUGCUGGACAUCCUGGUCUACGAGGAGAAGCAGCAGCCGGAAGGCGAGACGGGGCCCUGCCUGGAGUACCUGCUGCAGCACAAAAUCCUGGAGACGCUCAGCACUCUGGGGAAGGCCCAGUAUCCUCCAGGAAUGAGGUCUCAGGUGCUUCUCUUUUUCAGUCGCCUGCUGGGGCAGAUGCAGAGUCCUCUCAUGCAUUACUUCAAUGUUUACCGGCCUGUUCAGAAACUUAUUCAGCUUCAGGGUGAUGCGUUGGGCCCUGAGCCCGAGAAGGAAGUGUUGCAGUUUAUUGCUGUUCUGUGUACCAAAAUCAGGCAGGAACCUGCUCUCCUGCCAUAUGUCCUAGAGGGCCAGAAGGUUGGUUCGCUGGGAUUGGCAGCUAGGCCAAGCAUGACCUCUGGCCAGACCAUGCCCCCUUCUGAAGAAGAGGGUAGAGAGCUGUGUCCAGAGAAACCACUUGGAGGGGCCCCCACUGCUUCCGUGCUGAAUUUGGUGACCUCUCUGAUUGGCUUAUGUAAGAGCAAGAACAAGAAGGUUGUGCAAAAAGCCCAAGAGAAUCUUCUGCUUCUUACCACUGUGGACCAUCCAAGGGCUGCCCAGGCCUUGGCCCGAGACAGCAUGCUGUGCCUUCUGCUAUCCGACUACCUCUGCUCCCUGUACAAUGCCAUCCCUGGUACCAUCAACCCUGCUGAUAUUGCCACGCUUCCACCAGUCCAGUGGAGGCUUCAGAGUGACCCCUCAGCUGAGGAAAGCUCCUUCCCAGGAAAAGCCAGCCUGGAGGCUUUCUUCGGCUGGCUGGACUUUUGUGACUGCCUCACGAAACAGGCUCAUCCCGUUAUUGGAGACGCCCUGAGCACGACUGUGGGCCGGAGGCUCUUCCUGGACACAUUGCGGCCUCAACUCUUGCAAAUUGGGUCCUUUCUUGGCAGGUCAGACUCUGGGAUUCUCUUUUCAGUAGCCAUCCUGACAGGCCUGGUGAGGCGGAUCCGUGCUCCUGCCCUCCUUCAGCAGCUGAUUGGGUUUCUGCUGGGAGCAGAAAUGGAUCCCGUCCGGCCCAGCGAUUCAGCCUGCCGGCAACAGAGGUCCAACCUCUGCUCACAGCUGAUUGAGAACUGCAGCCAUCCGUCUGAUGAGAUCAGCGUGGCCACCCUACGGCUGUUUGAGGAGCUGGUUUGGCUUCCUGACCAGCGCAUCUUGCAGAGCCUGGUGCUGUGCCAUCUGGAGGAGCGCAGCUACGUCUUGAGAAACCCACCUGGUCAAGAAGACCUUGCUGUCCCUGAGCAAGAGUGUUGUGAAGAGGGGCUAGACCUAGAGGAAGAUCCUUACUUUGCAGAUGGACUCCCAGCAGCUGUGCUCCAGAGGCCGAGCAAAGCAGCCCCUUUGGCUCCAGAGGAAGGGCCUGGCCAGCCAGAGGGGCCUGUAGAUGUGAAGGAGGCAGUCAGCAGCUUCCUUUGCCUAGUACCAAGUGAAGUGAAGACCUCGCCGUAUCUGGAGGAGGCAGGAUAUGACACUUACGUCCAUGAUGCUAAAGUACUGUUUCAAGAAUGCUGUGCAAAUGUUGCGCACUGGACGUGGCCCCAGGUUCAAACGCCUCAGAAGACCAGCCCUGCGGGACCCCAGUUUUAUGAGGGCCGUUUCUUGCAGGUGCUCUUCGACCGGCUGUCCCAGAUCUUACACCAGCCCUACGCACUGAACCUGCAGGUGACGUCGAUGCUGUCCCGCUUGGCUCUCUUCCCUCACCCUCGCCUCCAUGAGUACCUUCUGGACCCCUACCUCCCUUUGGCCCCUGGCUGCAGGACCCUCUUCUCAGUGCUGAUUAGGGUGAUUGGCAGCCUGAUGCACACAGCUCAUCGGAUCACAGACUUCUCCGCCAACUUGCUGCUGGUGCGGAGAAAGCUCAUGGGGCUGGUGUCAGAUGAGCACCCGAUCGGCCACCAGAUGCUCUUGGAGGGGGUGAUUGUGCUGGAGGAAUUCUGCAAAGAGCUGGCUGCCAUCGUCUUCGUCAAGUCUGCCCUCAAGGACCCCCCUGGGCAGAGCCAGCCGCACGCUCCUUCACCCAGCUGAAAGCUCGGGGUCUCCUUGGCUCCCCUGCCUCCUUCCUGAGGCUUUCGGCACUUGAGAGCAACCCCACUGCCGGCUUCCUGUGUGCAGCAGCCUCCUCCUUGUUCUCGGCAUAAAAGUGGCUGCAAAUAAGGAAGGACGGUUGGGAUGAGAAGCAGUUGGUUGCUUGUCAGCAGCCCCGGCUCAGCUCUUGUCAAGAACUUCCGUCAUUAUGCUGGGUUAGGGUUUGUUCCCUGCCUUCUGGUGCCUGGCCCAGCUUUUGCCCGCUCUGGCCUUGCCGUCUUUUAAGAAGGGGCGCCUCAUAACCUGGACGGAGGUCUUCUUGGCAUCUUCCUCAAGAACAGAAAGCUCCAGAUAAAGCGCCUGGAUUUUAUCUUCUAAAAAACAGUAGCAAGAUAGGGCUGUUUUCAUCUUAUUUUAACCACCGGGAUUAAAACAUGGUCCUUGUAAAAGAA